AUGUCCUCCGAAAAAUACAUAAUCAUCACGGGCGGGACGAGCGGCAUGGGCCUCGAGGCCGCGCGUAUCCUCGCCGCCGACCCAACAUUGCACAUCACCGUUACGGGGCGGACGUCCCCCGGCGACCUUCCUUCAAAUGUCGAGUUCGUGAAAUGCGACCUAGCAGACCUGGAGGCAGUACGCGCCUUCUGUGCUUCUUGGACGAAGCCGUUGAGCGCCGUCAUCCUCAACGCGGGCGUGAUGAUGGUGGCCCUCUCGCACGUCGGUGAGCUCGAAACAACCUUUGCCAUCAACCAUGUCGGCAACGCGGCCUUGUUCUUCGGAAUCAAGUCCCACCUCCUCCCCGAUGCGCGCGUCAUCGUCGUGAGUUCCGAGCUGCAUAGCACCGAAGUCCGCGCCGGUCCUCAUUGGACAUCGGCCGCCGAGGUUGCGGUCGCAAACGUCCCCGAAAUGGAAGGCGGGAUGGUACGGUACGCCAACUCGAAGCUCGCCAACAUGUUCUUCUCCCAUGCGCUUUCGCGGCGCGCACCCGAGGGAUGGACCGUUAUUGCAUGGACGCCCGGCUUCGUGCCGUCGGGCGGAACACAGCUUUUCCGGGAUCGCGGCAUGCUUGCCACAGUGGGCAUGCCUAUCCUAGGAGCGGUUCUAGGCCUGGCAAGUUGGCUGGGACGCCCAACACCGUCGCUGUCCACUGUUCCGCGUAGUGGCAAGGCACUCGCCGAGCUCGUUACGGGUCCCGAGCAUAAGGGCGAAAAGGGCGUGUACUACCAGAUCGAGAACAAGGGGGAGUCGAGUGCCCAGAGUCGCGACAUCGCUCUCCAGGAUGACCUGUGGGAUUGGACUGUGCGCGAGCUUGGGGUCGACGGUACCUUGUAG